AAGCGGCAAAAUUGGGGCAGAUUUGAUUUGAUUUGACAAGAACAAAAACAAAAGCUAGUAGCUUAGUUUAGUUUAGUUUUUGUAGGCCAAAACCCAACUCCUAAAAAAGUUAGUGAAGUGCCUCUCUCUCUCUCUCUCUCUCUCUCGCUCUCCACUCACAUUCACUGAGAAAGACCAACGCACUCAUCAACAAAUGUAGAAAAUCAGAACCCUUAAUUGCCCCAUAAAUUCAAAGGUUUGGAUUUUGCGCUUUGCAAUUAUUGACAUCAACUGUAUUUCUUGCUCUGUGCGUAUGCGAACUUGAUAAAAAGUUUAUUACUUUACUGCUAUGAUCUGAAAUUUUAGCUUCUUUUCUUUUUUUUCAUUGUAUUGGAAAAAGGGCCUUGGAAAUUUUUGUUUUUGUUCUGCGUCAUGAGCAAAGAGAAAGAGAAGCCGGAGCCUCUGGAUUUCUUUAUUUGGACUGUUGAGGAUGUUGGCCUGUGGUUGGAAGAAAUAAAUCUUGGUAACUAUCGCGAAAUAUUCAAAGAAAAUGGUGUCAAUGGAGAGUAUUUGGAAGGGAUGUCAAUGUUUACAACUGAACAGAUCCUCCGGUUCAUACGAAAGUGCCACAUGAAAUGGGGGGAUUUUAUAACAUUGUGCAAGGAGCUGAGGCGAAUAAAAGUGGCCUGCUUGAAAGGGGAGCAGAAGGUACGGCGGCCGUGGUGGGCCCCGGCUUGCCUCUCGGUGGUGUUCGUGAAGGCUGCGAAACGCAACAGGCAAUCCCGGGUGGUGUCGUUGAAGCUGGAACCGUGAUGUAGAUUUGGUUGUGUGUAUAUGCUUGUACCAUUAUUGUGCUGAAAAUUUUUGCAAAGCAUUGUUGGUGUUGGGGUUUGGUUCUUCGCUGGAGAGCCUUUUCCUUUGUCAAAACAAAGUUUUCUUGUGUUUUUGUUUGGGAUUUGUUGAGGAAACGACAUAUUUAUACUAUAUAGACAAACAUGCUUUGCUUC